AUGGCGUCAACAACGUUGGCCCAACUCCCAAGCAGCUACAAGGGGCUUUACUUCACUUCGCCAUCUAGUCCCCCAGAGAUUGCCUCCUUUCCCACCCCUACGGUAGAUGUCGGGUCAGUCAUCGUGAAAACACUGUACUGCUGGAUCCCAGGGUACAUCAACGACGUCUAUUCCAGGGGUAACCCGCGCCAGUAUCCUGUCCCCUUCCCUCUGGUAGGCGGCACCAACGCGGUAGGGCGCGUCGUCGCUGUUCCCCCGGAUGCCGCCAAGUUGAAAGUCGGCGACCUCGUGAUUGUCGACCCCACGAUCCGCCCGCGUGACGACCCGGGCCAGAUCAUGCUCCUGGCGCUACUUGCUGCCACAGGUGAGAUGCAAGCAAUUGCCAAAGAUGUCUGGCAUCACGGUACCUGGGCCGAGCUUGUCAAGGCCCCCAUCGAGUCCGUGCAUCGCUUCGAUGAAGGAGCUUUGCAGAAACACGGCGUCAGCCCCCGCGACCUCGUAUUCUUCGGGCAGAUGGCCGUUCCGUACGGUGGCCUUCGGGACGUGAACCUGACGGCGGGCGAGACCGUCCUGAUCAGUCCGGCGACGGGGAACUUCGGCGGCGCGGCCGUGCACGUCGCCCUCGCCAUGGGGGCCCGCGUCAUCGCCAUGGGCCGCAACGAGAAGGUCCUGAAAGAACUCAUGGACCUGGCACCGGGACGGGUCGAGACGGUCAAGCUUAGCGGCAGCUGGGAGACGGACCUAUCCGAGAUCUCGAGAUUCGGCCCUAUCGACGUCUUCCUCGACAUGACUCCGCAGACGGCCACGAACACCGACCACAUUCGCGCAGGGAUGCUCUCUCUCCAGGCCGGCGGACGGGCUAACCUGAUGAGCGGCGUGCCCGAGAUCUCGAUACCCAUCCCGCUCCUCCAACUCAAGGGCAUUACCGUUCGGGCGACAAUGAUGUGUACUUGGAGUCAAGAGGAGGAUCUCGUCAAGCUUGUGCAGACGGGAGUUCUGAAGCUGGGCGAGAAGGCGGGUCUGAAGAUCCACAGGGCCUUCAAUAUGGAGGACUUUGCCGAAGCGUUGCAAGUAGCUGGGACGGAGUCUAACGCUGGUCGAUCUGUUGUGUUCACCCCCAACGAAGAGUAA